UCCCACCGGCCAUUUGGCCAUCCCACCCGCUGUUCAGGUCAUCACGCUGACUAUUCCCGAGAUGAGUCAGUCGGCGCUCGCUCUAUUCGGUUUUCGAUGUGUUGACGGAUCGAUAUAAGAGUCUGUAUGCGCUGCAUCGGCAUGACAAUACACACAACUCCCAUACAGACCAUUCUCGCCAAUCGACUCCUCUCCCAAUCACGAGGACAAUUGGAAGAAAGUCCACGAUGCCACCCACAAGCUCCGUCUCCUCGACGACAACCAUGGAGAAAUCCGACCCAAUCCCCAGCGCCAAGCCCACGGCCAAUGCCGUAGAGCCCAACACCGUCAUGGCCGCCGACCUCGAGCGCGCCUCCCUCGCCCAGGACACCACCAAAGAUGCCUCACCUCCCGUCACCGCCCCCGGCACCGCGCCGUCCGACUUCCCCGACGGCGGGCGCGCGGCCUGGCUCGUCGUGCUGGGCGGCUGGUUCGCCAUGUUCUGCACUUUCGGCCUGAUCAACUGCGUCGGCGUCUUCCAGCAGUACUACGUGCAGGGUCCGCUGUCCGACUACUCCUCGUCGGCCGUGUCGUGGAUCAUGUCCACGCAGGUCUUCAUCAUGACGUUUUGCGGCGCCGUCUUUGGCCGGCUCUACGACUCGUAUGGACCUAGGUACCUCCUCUGGGGUGGCACGCUCACCUACGUCUUUGGCCUCAUGAUGGUCUCUCUGUCGAGUGAAUACUACCAGUUCUUCCUGGCGCAGAGCAUCGUCGGCAGUAUGGGCUCUAGCGCCGUCUUCAACGCUUGCCUGUCGAGUACGUCGACGUGGUUCUUCAAGAGGCGCGCUCUGGCCUUUGGCAUCGUCGUGUCAGGCUCGUCGCUCGGUGGUGUCGUCCUGCCCAUCAUGAUGCGACAGCUCAUUGACGAGAUUGGUUUCCCGUGGAUGAUACGGACCGUAGCCUUUGUCUUUCUCGUCCUGCAGCUCAUCGUCUGCGUGACGGUCAAGUCACGUCUGCCACCGCGUCCCAAGCCAUUCGUCCUCGCCGAGUAUCUCGAGGGUUUUCGGCAGCCGACCAUGGUCCUGCUUGUCGCGGGCUUUUUCGCGCUGUACCUUGGACUCUUCCUGCCCUUCACCUACGUGCUGCUGCAGGCCGAGGCGGCGGGCACCCCGGAGAGGAUCAUCCCUUACUUGUUGUCGAUGCUCAACGCGGCCAGCAUAUUCGGACGUAUCCUGCCCGGUCUGGUGGCCGACAUGUACGGUCGCUUCAACAUGACGCUGAUCAUCAGCCUCCUCAGCGCCAUCCUCUGCUUCGCCGUCUGGAUUCCCGCCGACACGACGGCCGGUCUGAUUGCCUUUGUCGUCCUCUUUGGCUUCACCUCGGGCGGGUUCGUGUCGCUGGGCCCCUCGCUGAUCGCUCAGAUCUCGGAUAUCAGGGUCAUUGGCACGCGCGUGGGCGCCGCGCUGGCCGUGCAGAGCUUUGGCGGGCUGAUUGGCAGCCCCAUUGGCGGCGCCAUUGUGUCUGCGCAGGGCGGGAAGUAUCUCGGUCUGCAGCUGUUCUGCGGCUGCGCUUUGUUGGUUGGGGCCUUGCUCAUCCUGGGGGCGCGAUACACGCUGGCGGGACUAAAGAUGAAGAAGGUGUAGGCUCAAGAGGCAGAGGACUUUGUAAUACCAAGAUAGAAAGCUACAGGCCGGGCGGAAAUCGCAAUAUAGAGUAAUGAUUAAGUCUACCCUGCUUACAUGAUACAGGAAGUGGGCGCGGCGAAUGACUCACCUCCAUCUCCUCAUUGUCGCCAACUAUGUUCAAGCUGGCAUCACGUCCACCUUCACUCUCGCCUCGCCAUUCAAACCAUGUCCAUCCGCCCUGCUACAGAAGCAGACAUCCCCGCCCUCCUCGCCG